CGAGCCUCUCAGAGGCGUAAGGAAUAGUUUGGCUCCGAGCGCCGGAGAUGCAGACAACGCACCGAAGCAGCGCCGCGUCGGCCACGCGAGCAGGGGUGGGAGCGAGACGGCCCCGAGGCGGCCGGAGUUCAGCGCGAGUGUUUUAAGAUUCCGCAGCUGAUUCCGCAGCCUGCGGAGGGAACGCAAAAGAUGUCCCGGCAGCUCUGGAGGCUGCCUGUGGUCCCUUACUGGGAGGGGAUUGUAUUUUAUACCCGCGCGACUGGAUUUCUUUCCGGGAGGAACGGGUGUCAUAGAACCGGGGGCACGACUGGAAGGGUUCAGGUUUGGGAGUCAGUUACAUGUGACAACCCUAGCCUGUGCAACUUUGGGCAAGUUACAUAACCACCACUACCACCUUCCCGGUUUCUUCUGUAAAAUGGAACUUCAGUGCCUCCCAUCAGGGUAGUUGCAAAAAUUCAGUCUGUGGACUGCCAUACUCAUAAACCCACAAAUUGCCUUCUUCCUCUUGGUUGAAGUCCUGCUACCUUGUAGCCUUCUGCUUUAGGAACCCAAACCUUCAGUGUUUCAGAGGACAGAGAGAAAAUUACACGUAAGCAGUGGAUUGUGUUGUAAGGAACUGUAUAAGUGAUUCUGGCCUGAGUUUGUAUUAAGAUAGCAAAGCUCUAAGAGACAAAAAUGAUAACAUUUAAGGCAUAAUGACAAGAGCUACUCAAUUUUAGAACCACCUAGACAUGGUAUCAGGAACCUAAAAUCAGGAAACUGAUUUUAAAACUUAUGAUAUAGUUACUUGAUCUCUGGAAAUUUUUUUUCUAGUUCCCAACCUAAAAGUUUAUCAAACUAAAACCAGCCCCUAGUUGCCAUAUUUUGGGAACUCUAUCUCUGGAUACUAAUGUUUUACUUGGGUCUUAAUUCAGCUCAUCUUAGAAUUUCCUUACCGAAAUUGUUCAAGCAUUAGUGUCCAGGAAAAGUAUGUGAAAAAGGUUCAGUUUUCUCAAGAAAGCCCUGAAUGACGAUCCAGGCACGUGGCUAGCUAGCUACAUGGUGAUCUUGCUGAAACAUUAGCUUGCCAGGAAUGAACCAUUGUAAGGCCCCUGGGCAUUUGGCUUUAGAAGGCUGUGGUGGUAUGAAGUAACUGCUUAGCAAGUGUGUAUGUGUGUACUUGGUUAGACUGUAGUGUGCUGGGAGAUGACGGUCAUAGUUCAGGCCACAUGUGGGCCAUGGUCUGUACUAUGACUCCGGACAAGGCCAUUCCUUAUUCCUGACAGUCUUGCAAAGUCAUGCCAUUGGUCAUGAUGGAGGACUGGGCAGGAAAGGCCUACCCUCAGUGCAAAUCUUUCACAACUACAGUACUAAAAAUAAUUCAAGUGCGUGUCCCUGGAACUGUGGAAUGGUAGUGUCAUUGCAUACCAAUGAUGUUGUAUAAUACAUGUUGUUUAAUUCACGUUAAAAUUUUACCAUUCUGGGUCGGUAGUAAUUCAAAAUCCUUCUCUAAAUACAAUUCAAGACUGGCAUAUUUGUAGCAGGGUAAGACAAGCUCUGUAGGAAUAUACCACUUAUUAAGUGGCCCAUGAACAGAAUUUUGUGAGAAACUUAAGCAAUAAAUUAACCUGGAUCAGAUCCAUUCAGGUGUUAGAAAACAGGUAGGAAAUGCUUCCGGGAUUUGUCAGGUAAAGGACACCUGCAGAAUGUUCUAGUGGCCGUUGCUGUAUGUUCCCUGUUUCUUCCUGAAUUUAAUAGCUCUCAAUCCUUAAACCUACCACCCUUGUGGCAGAAUUGUCUGUGGCCUUCUGCAGCCUCUCAAAUCAGACAUCCAGAGUCAAAUCUUUUUGGCAAAAACACAUUCACUGUUGUUACUUUACUUUUCAGCACCAGCAAAAUUCUAGAUUCCAUAAAUCAUAAAGACAAUUAUAGUCUCUUGUCUUCCAAAAGUUUCCAUUUCUAAAAUAGGCUGACUACUUACUAUGAAUCAUAAUGUUACUUUCAGAGAAACUCUGGAGUUCAGUAUUAAGAAAUAAGAAUUAAAACUGUGAAUAUACCAAAUCUCCCUGUAUCUCCCACGCUCUUAAAAAAAAAAAAUCCGUAGCCAGUCUUUAAUAUCAAGGAAUUGGGUAUGGUGUGAUGUUUAAAUAAUAUUUAGAUCUUGUAUGUCUAAAUUUUUAUGAUUUAAAGUAAAUUCUGUUUUUAUUAUUACUUGGCUAAUUUUUACAAUAGUUCUUUUAAAGAGAUCACUCUUGACCUCAGUGUCUAGAGUUUAAGUUAAAUGAUCAUUCACGAUACUCACUUUAUCAUAAAUGAAUACAAUAUGUCCUCAAACAUCUGACAAAAACUUAAGAUGUCAGAACAGGGAAAACAUGCCACCUGGCUUAGGAGCAAACUUAUGGGAGAAUUUUAUUCCUUUUAUGCAGAGGUAAGCUAUAAGAAAGAAAUCAGACACUGCCCUUCAUGCACACUUCUUAACUUAGUAAGCCAGAUCUACAUUACAGAACAUUUUGGAGACUUACAGGAGAUUGGAAGAUAUUUUAGGGCAAGAAUGUCUGCAAUGCCUUCAUUGUUGUAGAAUAUCUAGAGAAAAAUUGCAAAACAAUUUCUUGGACAUUCAGAUACUCUUUUUCUCGGAAUUAGAAAAUGACUGUCUUAUUCCUAGAAACUACAGUACAUUUAUCACCUAUCACUUGUUCAGUUUUUCUCUUUCUUAUAGAAUGUCUAAAAAAAAUGCUUUUGGUUUUCUCUCACAUAUUAGGUCAUUUUACUUAUUAGACUUACCUUUUAUGCCCAACAGAAGGAAUGAACUUUCUCUUCAAGGAAAAAUUCAACUAACUCUCAAACCCAAGGAGGAAACCAUUACUCUUUUACUUGCCAUUUGAUACACUUGCUCUUACCACUCUUAUUUUCUGUGGGAAUGUCCAAAGAAUGCAUUUCCUUGAAUAGAAGUCACAGCUGUGUAAAUAGCAAAAAGUAACUUUUUAUCCCAUAGCUUCUUUCAAACACAUUUGGCCGGGAGGCCAAAUUAGAUAAAGCUUUUAACGUUUUCCACUUGUGGGGGAGGCCAGUGGAAGAGCAUUGCGAUGGCGGUCUCAUCUUUUCUAGGCUGCUGUCAUGAGCGCAACACGAUUUUUUAAUAUCAUAGCCACUUGUUUGGGUCUGUGUUUUAAAAUAUUUGGGUGCUUUCAUCUGGGUGUUACAGUUCAGAAACUGGGCAAUAACAUUUCAACCAUAUAUGCUUUUUGUUAUCUUUUUGUAAUAGGAUUUUUAAACUCCAGUUUUCACCUUCAUGUAGAAGAUAAAAUGUUUCCAAACCAAAAAUAAGGGGAAAUAUGUUACACACCCUAAGUAUCUAGGCCAGGAGUUGGCAAAUUUUUUCUUAAAGGGCCAGAUUGUAAAUAUAUUCAGCUUUGAGGGCUGGGAAGCAAAAAGCAAGGAUAUUUUACAGGUACUUACAAUCAUUUAAAAUGUAUCGGUUUAGAAAUGUAAAACCGUUCCUAGCCCCUGGGCCGUCCAAAAACAGGCGGCAGGCUGGAGUUGGCCAGCAGGCCGUGUGUUUGCCAGGCCUUCUGCAGAAGGUCGUACCAGCACUAAGAGAAACCCUCCUUUCUUCUCUUUCUUCCAGCCCCAUGCCUGGAGCUUACGGGGUGAUGGGUGACGAUGGCUCUAUGGAUUAUAGCGUUCAUGAGGCCUGGAACGAAGCCACCAAUGUUUACUUGGUAGUGAUCCUUGUUAGCUUUGUUCUCUUCGUGUAUGCCAAGAGGAAUAAAAGGAAAAUUAUGAGGAUAUUCAGUGUGCCACCUACAGCAGAAACUUUAUCAGAGCCCAGCUUUUAUGACACAAUAAGCAAAAUCCGUUUAAGACAGCAACUGGAAAUGUAUUCCAUUUCAAGGAAGUAUGACUAUCAGCAGCCACAAAACCAAGCUGACAGUGUGCAACUCUCGUUGGAAUGAAAUCACAGAAAAUGAACAGCAUAAGUAAUGUUCAACAGUCUGGUAGUAAGCUCCUAAACAUACUAAAUCAUGAACAGCAUUUUUUUUUAAACCCUGUGUCCCUAAAAUCAUUUUACUUGUCAUUUCCCCCAGUUUUUUUGUGUGUUUUGUUUUGCUUUUUAAAAUUACAUCUCCAAGUCAUUUGUUAUACCAAAAAAAAGGGGGGGGAAGCAGUCAAAAAACCUGGAUGCAGAGAGUCUGCACAUACUUAGGAAGAUAGAACAUAACCAGAGAUGGUGAUUUUACCUUGUAAAGACCUUUGAUUUCUUCAGCAUACAAUCAGGAAUAAAAAUGUAUCUUUGGAAGUGAGAAUCUGGAGAUUAUGCCACUUCGAUUUAAACGUUUUUGCAAAAUUAAAAAGUAAAAAUCCAGGCACUGGAAGAACAGCAUCCUCUGCAGCUGUAUUCUAUGAUGAAUGUAAUAUGGAUAGUGGACGAUUGUGUUCUUCCUGCUGUCGUCACCGCGCUUUAAUUGAAUCGACGAUCUUUGCUUCUUCGGAACUUGCACAGGGGACUGUCUCUUCUACUCUCUUCAUGAAGCAUGCCCAUCUGCUAAUUGUGGAGGCUGUGAUUGGAAUGUUUUCCCUUCAUAGUGUUCCCAGGAGCUUGUUUGCUGUUUUUGGUCUUUCUGUUUUUGUUUUUUGUUUGUCCAUUUGUUUUUUAAGACCACAGUUUAAUCCCCUCCAGAACAGUCUUCUUUGGACCAUACUGGAGAAUAAAUGGGCACCUCUCUACUGGUGUUGGCAACUUCCUUUUUUGGUCAUGUAACUCCCAAGUUUAAUGUAGCUGUCUGAUUACUUACACUUUUCUAGCAUAAUAAGCUUCCCUGAAGAUUCUCAUGUCCUGUACCGUACAUUGAAAUGUUUUUACCUAAUUUUUCACAUUUAUUUAAAUAAAAGUUGGUGGGAGGUAGUGGCAAGGAAAUUUACCUGUCUGUAUCACUGUCCAAGAAUUAGUUUUUGAAUCAAAGCUAUUCGUAAUUUUAAGAGUUAGAGUUAAUAUUUCAAGGAUUGUUUCCUUUUCCCUUUAUAAUUGUGAAGUAAGGAACAUAAAUUUUAAAUGGAAAAGUUUAGACCAAAUAACAUUAUUGAGGGAAAUUGCAUUUGCUUUUAAAUUUUAAUUAUAUUAUUCAAAAAUGUCUUUCUGGUACAAGGUGAAUUGUUGACUAAAUGGAAUAACUCUUUCUUGACUCCCAGAAGAGUUUGAAUGCACUACCGAUACAUAGAAUGAAAAACUGACUUCAGGAUUGUGAACAGUUACAAUUACAGGCAGGAGGUCACAGAGCAGCAAGGGGACGAUCUUCUUAAACUUUUCUUUGCUUUUAGGAAAACCACUGUAUAUUUCUGUGAGCAGAAAAUGUAAUCAGGAGCAGGAGCAGUUUUCGUUAUCACUGACAUAUUGUGCAAUCUGGACAAAUAAAAACUGGCCAUCUCA